AUGAACGAAGUUAACAAACGAUCCAAGGCCCACUCUGUCCCAAUAGUCUCGCGUCUGACCGCCCGUGACAGGGGGAUGGUCUCUGGAGACGGCAGAAAAAGUUUAGCUCCACCGUCCGUCCAGAAAAAUUUCUGGCUCUGGGAACUGCUGGAGUGUGAGAACAGGCGUGUGUGUGAAAGCUUGACGAUACCCCGCGGUCCCGACAACUGUCUUUCUCAACCAACCAUUCCACCACUCAACAUGGCGCCUUCUCACAAGCGCAAGCAGAUCGACGACGACUUCGUUCACACAAUCUCCGACAAUGACGAGGAAAUUGUCGAGGAGGAGACCGUGGCACCGCCGCCCAAAAAGAAGGUGAAGGCCACCAAGAAGUCGAAAAAGGCCGCCAGAGAAGAGUCGCCAGAGAACGAAGUCGCCGAGGGUAUCUGGGGCCAGAAAGACGAAGACGAUGGUGCUAUGGAUUCGGAUUUUGAAUUUGCGCAAGACAAUGCCAUCGAAUUCGGCGACGCAGAACUCGAGGGUUGGGGCUUCGAAGGCGCAAAGAAGUCCAUGAACAGCAAUGCUGCCGCGGGUGUUGACCUGGACGAAAUCAUUCGCAGAAGACGGGCAAAGAAGGGUGGCGAGGACAAGCCGAAGGAGGACAAAGAGGAGGUUGCGGCAGACGCCGAGGUGGAUAACGACAUGGACGUAGAUAUCGACCUCGACGACGACGAAGAUGGAGUUCUGGCCGACGAUGCCUUUGGCAUGGGCGUGGAUCCUGGUGCCGAGGAUUCUGAUGCCGAAAAAGAAGACUCUGGCGCAGAGGAUGCAGAAGACGACGACGAUGCAGCAUCCGACAACGAUUCCGUUGCGACACCGGUGGAUCAUCCCGACGACCGCGGAACAGAUGACGAAGAGGAGGAAGACGCAGAGGAACAAGCGAAGCGUGACGCUUUCUUCGCCCCCGAGGAGCCUGCAAAGCCCGGCAAGAAGGAUACGGCAUCAUCAUUCCAGGCCAUGUCUCUUUCGCGUCCUCUUCUGAGAGGUCUGGCCGCUGUCGGCUUCUCCAAGCCUACGCCCAUUCAAGCCAAGACUGUGCCCAUUGCCUUGAUGGGCAAGGACGUUGUCGGUGGUGCGGUAACUGGUUCAGGAAAGACGGCCGCCUUUGUGGUCCCCAUUCUCGAGCGUCUCCUGUACAGGCCCAAGAAGGUGCCGACGAGCCGUGUCGUCAUCCUCACUCCUACCCGUGAACUGGCUAUCCAGUGUCACGCUGUUGCCACCAAGCUGGCCGCUUACACCGAUAUCAAGUUCACUCUCGCUGUCGGUGGUCUGAGUCUCAAGGCUCAGGAGGUCGAGCUGAGACUGAGGCCAGACGUUAUCAUCGCCACGCCCGGUCGUUUCAUUGACCACAUGAGAAACUCUGCCAGCUUCAAUGUCGAUACCGUGGAGAUUCUCGUGCUCGACGAAGCCGAUCGCAUGCUUGAGGAUGGUUUCGCCGAUGAGUUGAACGAGAUCUUGACGACCCUGCCCAAGUCACGACAGACGAUGCUGUUCUCCGCCACCAUGACAUCUUCCGUCGACAGGCUGGUGCGAGUGGGCAUGAACAAGCCCGCCAGAGUCAUGGUGGACUCACAAAAGAACAAGACCGUCACUACCUUGGUGCAAGAGUUUGUACGCCUGAGGCCCGGUCGCGAUGAGAAGCGCAUGGGCUACCUCGUGCACAUCUGCAAGACAAUGCACACCGAGCGUGUCAUCAUCUUCUUCCGCCAAAAGAAGGACGCUCACCGAGCAAGAAUCAUCUUUGGACUGUUUGGCUUGUCUUGCGCAGAGCUACACGGUAGCAUGAACCAAGCUCAGAGAAUUGCCAGUGUUGAAAACUUCCGCGACGGAAAGGUCAACUACCUUUUGGCGACGGAUCUUGCGUCUCGUGGUCUCGAUAUCAAGGGCGUCGACACCGUCAUCAACUACGAAGCACCCCAAAACAUUGAGAUUUACGUGCACAGAGUCGGUCGUACAGCUCGUGCCGGCCGCACCGGUGUGGCCAUCACGCUGGCGGCAGAGCCGGACCGCAAGGUCGUCAAGGCGGCGGUCAAGGCCGGCAAGGCUAACGGCGCCAAGAUCAUGAGCCGCGUCAUCGAGCCAACGGAGGCGGACAAGUGGCAGGACCAGGUGGACGAGAUGGAGGACGAAAUCGAGGAGAUCAUGGUCGAAGAGAAACAGGAGAAGCAGUUCCAGCAGGCCGAGAUGCAGCUCAAGAAAGGCGAGAAUAUCAUGCAGCACGAGGCCGAGAUCAAGGCGCGGCCGAAGCGGACGUGGUUCGAGACGGAGGAGGACAAGAAGAAGGCCAAGAUUGCGGGGCGGGAGGAGCUUAACGGACCGAAGAACGGCAAGAAGCCGAAGCUGAGCAACAAGGACAAGAAGAAGCUCGACGCCAAGGAGAUGAGGAGCGAGGACAAGGUGUGGAAGAAGGGCCGGGCGGAGCGUGACGGCAAGGGCGCGGUGCUGAACCUGAAGAAGCAGCCCAAGAAGAAGAAUGUGCCGGCCAAGGGGAGGACCAGGGCGAAGCUGGCGCGCCAGAAGCGUAAACAGUCUGUGCUUCUUGCUUUUGGGGGCCAAGCGACGUUGCAAUUAUCCCAUGUCAUCCCCGGCCGAUCAUCAAAGAUGGACCUGCCAUCACUACAAGGCUUAAGCUGUGUUAAGUAUGUGCUAACAGCUUGUGCGGAUGACGUAAUGCCUGUCUCGCUCCGGAGCACGUCCCCCGGGCCCUCAGCUGCCGUCAGCUCGGCGACAGAAGAGGAGCCUUGGAAGGCUAGAGCUGGCUGGCCGCUGGAGCCCUGGAAAUGCAUUUCGCACCAAGUUCCAAAACCAUCCAGAGCCGCCCGAGAUCAUGUGCUUCCAUCACUCUCUGCCGUCCCUUCAUCAGCUGUAGAGCGUGGGGGUCAGAAGACGCUGUCGGCUGCCAGCCUCGUAACAUCGUGCACUCAUCGCCUUACCUCAUUCGCCUCGGCUUCUCCAACGACCUUGGGACGGUUCCACGUACUCCUGCUAUUGUCUUUGGACCUCUUGUCCAAGGCACAAACUACGAACAAGCUGGCUCCUUUCGGGCGAUUUGGUCCGCCGCGUCCGCAUCCUCAUAACCGCACGAGUCUCCUCCGAUAUCUUUUCCCACGAAGCGUACGAGACCGAUACCGCGAGCGCGUUCUCAACUUUCGUCUUGAUACCCUCCCGCAGCUUAAACACCGAUUCCAGUCUAGCAUUUACCGAUACAUCCUCGAACGUCAGCGCAAGCGAAACGAGAAGUCGAGACUCGUCGACGUCUUUGCGCGGCACAGUCGCCGGCUGCUCCUAGGUCCGCCCUCGGUCAGGCCGAAGCGGCAUGCGAGGGAUCGAGGAGGCACUAUAAGCAAGAAGAUGCCCACCUUCUCAGACUACACGACGACCUACGGCGGAGGCGGGGGCGGAGGCGCAGGAGGCGCCAGUAAUGGCUAUGGAUAUGGCUCGGCAGAGGAUCCGCCCACCCCAGGCGAGAGAGGGUUUCGGCGGAAGUGGCUGGCUGCGAAGGCAGGGAGCAUGUACCGGGCCGCUGCGGUAGGAGUCAACGAGAUCAGGGAAGGCUAUGCGCAGACGCGGGCAAGGCCUUUGGAGCCGGGUGAGGGUAUGCCGAGGACCACGAUUCCGGGAUCGUUCCCUGACGUCGCCAUCACUGUUCAGGGAGACGAUCAGAUGGUCAUCUUCCCAUCGUACGCAAAGCGGCAUGUCAAGCAAGAUUGGACAGCGGCAUACCAGCAGCACGCCGAAGAAGAGCCUGGCAGCGCUAGGGACCAAGAGUUUUGGAGGAAAGAGUGGGAGCGUAACGAAGACGAGAAAGCCAUCGUAGAUAUCGACGUCAGGGGAUGGGUGUACUCUCCUCAUAAAGGGCCAAUCACUCGGCGCAACCGCAUUCUCAUCGGCCUCGCACGCCAGCUCAGCGGCAUCCCAGCCCCCAGACAGGAUGCGCCUGCGCCCGAUAACCUCUCUGCGUUACAUCAAUCACACGAGGAACGGCGAGAGCAGGAAAAGAUUGCGAAAGAAGCAGCAGAAAUCGAGAAGAGAGGCCAAGAAGAACAGCGUGUGGCGUAUCAAGGUGGUUUUAGCGAAGCGCCAAAGGAAGGAUCCGACGACGAUGCGAAUAGCAUAUACCGAGCGAGAUCCAGGUCACGAAGCGGCACGCACACGCCGAUGACAGCUCCCGGGUCUCCCAAAUUGGCACCGACUAGGACAAACACUACGGGCAAUGAUUUGACAGAUGCCGAGCUGUCUGUUGCGAAUGCCAACCUCAUGGCUAGGAUAGCACCGUUCAUGACUACACCUCUAGUCCAGCUGCCCAUCACUGUCUUCUUCUACAACGACGAGAAAUCGGCGUCACGGACUGUGCAGACUAACGACGCGGGCCACUUCAUCCUCCGCGCCGCUUUGGAAUUUGUCCCUACGCACGUCCGCGUCCUCGCUAACGAGGACUUGUCGGCGACCCAGGAAGUCAAGAUCAUCGAACCGAAGGGUGUCAGCUUGAUCAGUGACAUUGACGACACGAUUAAGCGCUCCAACAUUUCGGGUGGCGCAAAGGAGAUAUUCCGCAAUACUUUUGUCCGCGAGCUCAAGGACUUGACGGUGGAAGGUGUUCGGGAAUGGUACAACGAGUUACACUCAAUGGGGGUCAGCCUGCACUACUGUUCGAACAGCCCCUGGCAACUGUUCCCGGUGCUGGCCAGUUACUUCAUGAUAGCCGGCUUGCCGCCUGGAUCGCUUCAUCUGAAGCAAUACAGUGGCAUGCUUCAGGGUAUCUUUGAGCCAGUUGCGGAGAGGAAGAAGAGUACCCUAACCAGGCUCAUGCACGACUUCCCCGAACGCAGGUUUCUCCUAGUUGGUGACAGCGGAGAGGCAGAUCUGGAAGUCUACACAGAGCUUGUGGAAGCCCACCCAGGACGCAUCAUCGCCAUCUUUAUCCGCGAUGUCACAACGCCGGAGCAAGCCGGGUACUUUGAUACAUCUUUCGAGAGCAGCAGCGCACGUCAGAGGGGCUCAAUAUCAAAGGCCACGGACCACAGUGAUGCUCCAACAAAUCGUCCGGGGCUUCCUCCACGCGGCGAGGCAAAGACGGUCGGGCCUGUCAUGGGCGAUCUGAUCGACUUUUCCGACGAACCUGAAGAGACCACGCUGAACGACGCCGCUGCCCUAGCCCAGAUCCAGGCCAGACCGAAGCCGCAUUCAAGCACCACCGAUACCCCCAUUAGCCGAAAGCCCCCUCCACCACGACCUAACAAGCCUGCUGCGCUGCGCGGCGCUCCGUCUGAUACCAAUGUGCCCACAAUCAAGGUCAACAGCAUGGGUGCUACGCCUCCCCCGAUGCCGAGCGGUCGCAAGCCGUCUACGGACCGGAGCAAUCCUCAUCCUCUAUCGCAAAUGCACAAUUCAUCGCAGCAGACAAUCGGAAGUAACAGGAGCCUACCGAGCACGGCCAAGAUACCAGCCUCUACGUCACAAAACGACACGAGUAAGACGAGCAAAGUUGCACCGGCGCCUCCACCGCCUCGGCGUGUGGGGACCGUCUCCAGCUCCCGUAGUCUGAGCCCUCGGAGCCUCGGCAGCCGGCGGAGACUAUCGGCCAACGGAGACGUCGACUUCGAAGCGCUGCCACCGCCCUCCGCGGGUUCCCGGCCACAGCAGGUUCAGCCGCCGCCAUUUGUGAGGGCGCAGACGGCCAGUCUUAGGUCCGGAUCCACAUCUCCGACGUACGGCAGUCCAAACCUGGGGCCGACGGCAGCAGCACCAAAUAGGAAGCACGAGCUGUGGAUGCGUCGGCUGCAGCGGGCCCAGGAGAUUUUGGAGUCGCAUGGUGUGGCGCUGUAUACCUGGCGAAGGGGCGACGACGUAGUGGCCGAAGCUGUGGGGAUGGUGAAAGAGGAGCUGAAGAGGGUUGGCCUCAACGGGGAGAAGGAUGCGAAGACGGAAGGGAAGAGGUUUGAGAGGCAGAUUCGGAGGGAGCAGUCACAGCAACAGCAGCAUCAGCAACAACGGCCUCAACAGCAGAGCGGGUAUCAGCAAGGGUCAUAUCAACAAAGGAGGUGA